AGCUAAAAAGUUGAAAGAGAAUGAGGAUGUGAUGACUGUUGUUUCCAAUCUUACAUUUAAUGGGCACCCAACUGUUCUUCUAACAUAUGCUACCAGCAGUGGUCCUGUUGAAUCAGAAGUUGUUCUAAGAAGAGAUAACACAAACAUCACCAUUGUUCCAAGUCAGAGGAAUUCUUUCUGGCCUGUUGCUUCAAGAGAAAGACAACAACACACAUUUGCUGAAAUGGGACUUGUAAACUAUCGUGGGAUGCAUAUUGAUUGGCUAACUGCUCAACAAGCAAGAGAGAAAGUUUGUCUCUCAACUCUCUCAAGUAUUAGUGAGGAUGCUGAUGACCUAGGAAUAGAUGAUCUUAUUGCUGAUAUCAGCAACAUUGAACUUGAUGAUCUAGAACCCAUAUACAUAAGAGAAAAUACUGAUCUUAGGCCAGCUAGAUACAAAGUUGCUUAUAACAUACUUCAUGCUGGAGAUGAGUUCCUAGUUAGUCAUUAUUUCUUAUAUACUUUUAGAGGGUUGCCAUUCUACUAUCUAGAUAUCUAUAUGAUUCACAAUGAAGUAGUUAGCAGUACUCACACUCAUAUCAAAAUACAAGCAAGUAGUCCAUUUGGUGAAUAUAUUGCUUCUAUUAUUGGUGAACCAAAUCAAGAAGUAGUACUUAAAGUAGCUAGAAUUCAUAAUCGUAUUAUCCAUAUUGCGAGGAUCUAGUUUUAAAAUGGGCAGUUAGCAACCAUUACUUCCAUAUCUGCACAACUGUAGUUGCAUACAUCAAACACAUGCUUAAUAGUA